GCUUCUGGUGCGGGCUCCGCUCCCUCAGACAGCCCCUGCACUGCGGACCCGCCUCCGCCUACCGCCGGAUCACGGGAGCUUACAGCGCCGAGCUCCGCCCGAGCAAGCUCCGCCUGCCCCUCUCUUUCACAACCUUCCCUGGAGGCCCCGCCCCCUCAGCCUCCCUUGGCAACCGUCUCCGGGCAGGCUCCGCAGGCACCGCGCGCCCCGCCUCCUCUGCUCUCGACGCAGCCUCCGGCCCCGACCUCCCAGGAUGCAGCGCGCGGGCGGGAGGUUUGGAGCCGAGGGACGCUGCGCCCGCCUGGGGCGUCGGGAACGUGGCGCCUGUCGGACUCUGGACGCGCGGGCUCAGGCUUAAAAGCAUCAACUGGAAUCAAUUUGCAUUCGAAAAUUGGACCAACACGAAGACUUGAUAUUGUGGAAUGACUAGAAAACAAUGUCAUCUAACGAACAAGAAAGGCUCUUGUGUUAUAAUGGGGAAGUCCUUAUUUUUCGAUUGUCUAAAGGAGAUGUUGCAGGUAAAGGGCCUGCAGAAAUACCCAUAUUACAAGUCAGGAGAAUGGUAUUUGACAGAGGAGCAAGAGCUUUUAUUCAGAAGUCCACUGGAUUCUUUAUGCUAAAGGAAGAAAACUCUCAUUUAAAAAUUGUGUGUUGCAACUGUGUGUCAGAUUUCAGAAUUGGAAUUAAUCUUCCUUAUGUUAUGAUACAGUGCAAUAAAAAGAACACUUUCAGAUAUGUUCUUCUGUUUCUUCACAGUACCAAUAAAUUUGAAAAACGUUUGAGUUUUAGACUAAGCCAUGAGUUGAAGGAUGGUGUAAGGGUCCUUAAUGGCCCUUUAGUUUUAUGGAAACGUGCAGAAAAAUUCUACCUUAUCUCUUCUCUAAAUGGCAGAGUUAUGACUGUGUCUGUUAAUUUUUCCUCUGUUCAGUGGGCAGGGGAGAUUGAAAAUCUAGGUAUGGUGUUAUUAGGACCAAAGGCAUGUUUUUUAUCUGAGGAAGGAUGCACCCAAAAGCUUUCAAAAUCGGAUUAUGCAAUUUGGAAGACCACAUUUUGUGUAUACUCCCUUGAAAAUGAAGAAGUCAUAAGUGAUGCAUACAUUAUCCCUCCUGCUUAUAGCAGUGUGGUAACUUGUGUGCAUGUCUGUGCAACUGAGAAUGUCAACAACCAGUUAAGAAUGUCUCUGAUUGCCCUUACUCGAAAGAAUCAGCUGAUUUCAUUUCAAAAUGGGACGCCAAAAAGCGUGUGCCAGCUUCCCUUUGGAGAUCCUUGUGCAGUUCAGCUUAUGGACUCGGGUGGAGGAGAGCUUUUCAUCGUAUCCUUUAAAUCCAAUGACAUUUGUGCUGUUUGGAAAAAGAACUUUCAGGUUGCUGCUAAGUGGAAAAAAAUUAGCUCAGUACUGAUAGAUGACUUCAUAGGAGCUGGAACUGAACAAGUACUGUUACUUUUUCAGGACUCCUUGAAUUCAGAUUGCCUGAGUUCAUUUACAGUAACAGAUCUUGGCAACAUAAACUAUUCAAGUGAAACAUUGGAUUGCAAUGAAGAUGACUUAUUUGAAGACAAAGAAGGGAAUCAUUAUUUGAUGGUUCCACCUCUGGAAAGAAGAUUGAAAGUUGGAUUGGCUUCUAUUCAGGAAUUAAAGCAGCAUCUCUUGCUUAAGGAAAAAAUUAUUUCAAAAUAUUGGAAAAUUUUAAUAAACCUGAUUCAAGGGAAAGAUGAAAGUACAUCAGCUGCAGAGAAGGCACAUCUUGUUACUCUUUGUGGUAAAGAAGAAAGCCCUGUCUGCACCUUUGAGGAAAAGAUACCAGAUGAUUUUCAAGAUUCAGAACGGCUAGUAGAGAAGAUAUGGUACCGUGUAAUAGAUGAUAGCUUGGUUGUUGGAGUGAAAACGACAUCUUCUUUGAAGCUGUCCCUGAAUCAUGUGACUUUAUCACUGGUAAUGGAUCAAGCUCAUAGCUCCAGCUGUCGGCUUAUUAAGUGUCACAAUAGGGUGAUCAAGUUGAGUAGGGAUUUUCCCCCAGCAUCAUGCUCAGUGCCAUGUGAAAUAGGAUCAGAGGCAAAAAGGAUCAAGUUGACUAUUGAUAGUGAGGAAGAGGGAGAGGAAGAAGAAGAAGAAGAGGAGAAGGAUGAGGAAAGCUCUGCUGGAGAACAAGCAUCUGAGAAAGAGUGUGUGCAAGUCAUUACUGCUGUAACACCUUUUUCACCACUUUUAGCAUUCAUUGAUUUCUGUUGCAUUGUGCUGCUACAAAUUAGGGAGAGGGAAAAUGGUAACUCUUCUGAAGAUCAUUAUGUUUGGUGUGGCAGACUUUUCAUAAGUCCAGAAGAUCUUUCAAGUAGGAAAUACCUGCUGACAUUUCCAAAGAAGAAACCUAUAGAACACGUGGAAGAUCUCUUUGCACUUCUCACAGCAUUUAACAGAGCUUGUUUUCAAAUCACAUCGCCCACCUAUUCUCUGACUUCAAUGAAGACGUGGCUACUAGAACACAUGAAAUGUGAAGUAAUCCAAGAAUUUCCAGAAAUUUGCUUUUGCAAAAGGCCAGGAAGUUUCUAUGGCACACUCUUUAACUGGAAACAAAGAACACCAUUUGAAGGGAUUUUGAUAGUCUAUUCCAGGAAUCAAACAGUUUUGUUCCAGUGCCUUCAUAAUCUCAUCGGAGCUCUCCCUAUAAAUUGUUUCUUGAAAAAACUAAAAUCAGGAAGUGAGGAUUUCCUAAUUGAUCAUUUGGCAUCAUCUUUGGAGAAGGAAUUGGUUAUCCUUGGUUCUCUUUCUUCUGCCUUAGUUGAGGUUGAAAACAACUUGGUGCAGAGUUGUGAAGCAAGCAAAGAAAAGAGUAGUGGUGUUGUGGCUGCUUUAUCAGACAGAAAGGAAAACAUUCAUCCCUACAGAAAAGAAUUUCAGAGAGAAAAGACGCAAACGUUGGGGACGAACCUAAAACUCUGGCCUGGCCCCCAUUUCUGCAGAGGAGCAGCAAGGAAGAGGAAUAGGCUGCAUUCUGGACCUUCCUGUGCUCUGCUGUCCUGGCCGGCGCCUGACACGGAGACUUGCGGGAUAGAGCAGUCCCUCUGCAUAGGUAGCUGUUGGUACCUCUGUCACAGAAGCACAUCCUAAAUGGAGGUUCGCUAUUUCACAGCUUGUGUGUAUGAGCUUUUUGGAGAUCUUUCUGGAGGCCUCAGCAGUGCCAUAUUUCAUGAUCAAGGUGAGAAAUGACUUCUUCUGACUUCCUUUAACUCCUGGCUUUUGAAUCUUGGGAAGCAGUAUCUAGUAUCUUUUCCCAUACUGAACAGUGGAUGCCUUCUCCUCUUAAUAUUUACACAAACAAAGGAAUUCAGUAGAUUUUGCAGAACAAUGAAGAUCAGUUGCAAGGUCACCACCCACCACAGGCACUCCAUUCAAUGUCUGCCUUAACAGGCAAUCUGUCACACAAGCAGUCACAAAGUUCUGCCAUUUUGAUUUCAAAGUAUUUCUCAAUUCCAUUAAUUUUCUUGGCCACUACCUUGUUCAGGCCACAUCUUUCACUUGGAUUAUUCUGGCAGCUUCCUAACGCCGCCUGCCUUUAUUACUGCACUCCAAUCCACUCUCCAGACGGUAGCCAGAGUACUCUUUCCAAACACAAAUCAGAUCACGUCACCUCUUUGUUUAAAACAAGUCCAGUGCUUCUCAUUGCCCUCCUAGUGAACCCUUGACGUAAUUUUACAAGACCUUCAUCAUCUGGCUUCUACUUACUUCUCCAGCCUUAUGUGAUCUUCCCUUGCCUUCCCUACCACCCACCUGUCCCUUUCCUUCACUCCUAGUCCUGUCCUCCUGUCUUGCCAAAACAGUUUCUUGCUACCCCCUUGACCUAGUUUGAAGGAGGAGAGAAUGUCCCCAUGACAAAGAAAAGAAAAAUGCCAGGAUGCCCUCAUUUCCUCUCACUUUGAAAAAUUGCAUCUCUUCUUAUUUUUCUAGUAUUCUCCUAAAUAAGCUGGAGGUAGCUGGUGGUCACUGAACCAGUCACUUAGAUGACUAAGUCAUCACCUGUCUUUAUGAUGACGAGGCACUAGACACCCGUGGACCUCAGCUCUGGGAGUUUCAUGGGCCCCGAGCUGAUUAAGAAAAGCCCCAUUUAAUAUCACUUUACAUUAGUUUAACGUGGCCUGGUUAUGUGACUAUAUAAAUUUGUAGCACACUAAAAGAGAACUGGAAUAAACACCUUUUAAAAUAACUAGGCUAAAUAGAUAAUAAAUUAUAUUAAAUAUUCUUAGUCCCUGUUAUGUUCAUGUCAUAGGUUAUAACUAUAUGUCAGCUGUAUAAGAGAGGGUUAAUUUGUUAGAAAGCAGCAUUUUCUGAACAAGUGUUUUAAAACAUAAUGAAAACAAGAAAUUAGACACUUUUAUUCCUGCUUUACUGGCCUUUAUCAAGCUAAUACCCUCACCAUGGAAC